CUCGAAUGUGGCGCGUGAUCUGAACGGAGCGAGCGGAGGAGAGGCCAGGCUGCGCCGGUGCCGCCGCAGAAGCCAAGUACCAUGCGGCGUCACUCACCAGCAGGCCCAAGCUCCAGGAGAGAUCCCCCCAUCUCACCUCGACGCCGUGGACCAACGUCUCCACGCCGUGGACGGCCAAGUCGAACCUCUCCACGUCGCCCCCGCCGGGAGGAACCUGCCCCAGAACGGCCAGUUCGGCGGCGAAAAUACCGGCCGGGGCAGCGAGCCAUGCUGGAGAUCCGGAAGUACCAGAAGAGCACCAACUUGCUCAUCCAGAAGCUGCCCUUUAGCCGUGUGGUGCGUGAGAUCUGUCUGGAAUACACCCGGGGGGUUGACAUGAGCUGGCAGGCAAUGGCUUUGCUUGCCCUGCAGGAGGCUGCCGAAGCAUUUCUUGUACACCUGAUGGAGGAUGCCUAUCUCUGCGCCAUUCAUGCCAAACGCGUCACACUCUACCCUAAGGAUAUACAGCUGGCUCGGAGAAUCCGUGGCUUCCAUGAAGGUUUGGGUUAGAGCCUCUUUUCCUUCUGCCAACUGAGGGAUAUGUCUCCGAAGACUGAAAGCUGAGAAAUUGCCCUGGAAAUAAAAGCAUCAUGGGACCUCUGAGGAGAAGUUCCCAGCUUGGGCCUGAAGCCCUCUUUGGGGCAGAGGAUGAAAUUGUUCCACUUGAUAAUCAAGGUCAUAUUGGAGGCCCUGAUCCAGCCAAGAGUUUAGCUAUAUUUUAAAUGGACUUUUUAAAACGUAAUGUGAUUAAAAUCUUUCUCACAUCUUAAAAAAAACCCUUAACUUUUGAAUGGAUUGCACACAUAGAAUUUUAAAAUUUUUGUGUUUUACAUGAGAUUUUAUAUUAGCCCAAUGGUAUGUUUCCAUGUUCUGCUCUGUCUCCUCUCUGCCGGCACACAAAUGUAAAUAUUUUCCUUCUGUGCAUUUCUAACCCUUAAAAAAAAUUCCUCCGUUCCUUCUCUUGUAUUUUUACCUCAGAAGUGAGACAAUAAUGGGCGAGGAAUCGGUUGAAACUCUCCAGAGGGGGUGUGAGAGGGUGGUGACUUCUCUGUUGAAGCUUGAUCCCUGCCUGAAGAUGAGGGAUACAAAUUCUGUCAGAAACAUAGCCAACAAAACCUCCGUGGUGAUAAAGUGACCUGAAAAGCUCCUUCAGAAAUGCCAAGUUCAUUCCUGCAAGGGAGGACUUUCACAUGGGACAAGAUGUACGGGGAAUAGGCUGAUGAUGAAGGCACAGUUCCAAUCUAUUUUAUUAUACAGAAUGUUUUUAUGUACAUAUUGAAUAAAGUAGGUUUCAUUA